AGACAACCUGCUCCUACUGUGGAGCUUUAUGCGCCGUGGCGUUUAACAUGUGAAGCGUUUUGGAUUAACAAAAGAAACCUACAGCGUUUUUGUGCCAUAAUCCACGGUUGCCAUCAUCCUCAGCCUACAGUCUUUUUUCUUUACUGAAGUCAACAAACAACCAACAAUGUGGGAACAUUCAGAGGUCAAAGACAAUUGUGAAAUUCCUGUUUUUAUUUCCGUUUGCAACGUCCGUCAUGUUCUUUGCACCUCCAUCAGUUCGAUUCUUAAUUGGACUCAUUCCAAUGGACAAAUGCUCUUUGGAAAGUGUAGAGAUGCUGACUUCAGGGAACAGUGCAGACGCAAGCCUCGACCUUUGGUCUCGAAAUGACGUGCAAACAUGCACUUCCUGGAAGGCUCCCAUCAUCUGGGAGGGAAUGUUUAAUCCCAGCCACUACGACCAGAUACACAGGAACAAAGGAUCUUCUGUCGCCUUGACUGUGUUUGCUGUCGGCAGGUACCUGGAUGCCUACCUGGAGGAUUUCCUGAGCUCAUCAGAGCAACACUUCAUGUCGAGUUUGCCCGUGUCAUACUACGUGUUCACGGACACGCCUGAGAAAGUGCCGAACAUCAAGCUCGCCCCCAAUCGGCACCUGAAACUAAUCAGAGUGGAGAGACACACGCGGUGGCAGGACAUCUCCAUGAUGAGGAUGAAGGCGAUAUCAGACGUCAUCGAGUCGGAUAUCCGCCACCACGCCACGCACGUCUUCUGCUUUGACGUCGAUCAAGUGUUCACCGGCAGAUUUGGCCCCGAAGCUCUGGGAGACUCGGUGGCUCUGCUUCACGCCCACUACUAUCACCUCCCAAAGAUGCUGUUCACCUACGACCGCAACCUGAAAUCCAAGGCGUUCAUGAAAACCGGGGAUUUCUACUACCACGCUGCUGUCUUCGGAGGCUCCUGGAGGAACGUGAAGGCGCUGACGGAGGCCUGCUACCGCAGCAUCUUGGCGGACAAGGAGAACGAAGUGGAGGCCUUGUGGCACGACGAGAGUCAUCUGAACAGGUACUUUUGGCUUCACAAGCCCAGCAGGGUUCUCUCUCCAGAGUACUGCUGGGACACCAGCAUCGGCUACCGGAGAGACAUACAGGUGUACCGGCUGCUGUGGGCACCCAAAGACUACUACAACCUGAGGACGUCAUAGAUAACUCUCUAAUUUAUUUUAUUUAGAUCCCCAUUGGUAGCAGUUGACUGUAAUUAUAAAGUCAGAAAAGGAGCUUGUUUUCACCAAAAAAACUCGAAUUAUGAGAAUAAUCUCAAGACAUGUUCUAGAAUAAACAUAGCAAUUAAUGAGCGUGAAAAGUCAAAGAUUUGUUAGAAAAAAAUUGUAUUCUGGGAACAAGCUCAGAAAUUUUCUCAUAAAAAUUCUGAAAUUCUCAAAAGUUGAACACUUGCACGAAAAAAACUGCAAUUUUGAGAUUUUCUAGAACAGAAGUUGACAGUUUUUUAUCUUUGAAACUCAGAAAAUUGCCAAUAGGUAAAAAUGUUAAACUUUUCAAACUCAGAAAUGUUAAAUUUUACUGUAGUAAAUUUUGGGGAUCUCAAAAUUUCUGAGAUUUUUAGUGGAAAUUUAUUCCUCCUUUUUUCCCCUGUGGGAUUGUCCUAUUACAGCGUCGUUUCCUACAUCACCUUCUUAAACUUUUAACCAGGAUCAGACUCACUGAGAAAGAUCUCAGUGAGUAACCUUGUUACAGUUGUUUGUUUUUUUCCACACAAGGCAGUUUGUAUUUGACAGUUUUUUUCUCAUCUAUUAUACUGAAGUUGUUUCUGCUUUUGCUGCAGUUUUAGUUUGCAAGACUGAAUAAAUCUGUCAGGGGGUAAAAACUUUUUGUAGUAAAACUCUUGAUAGAUUAUGGAGGAACGUGUGACAAUGGAUUUUAUCAAAUUAAUCAAUUUCAUGGUAUAUUAAUUUAUUGUUGUGAUCAUUUACUGGAAGUGAAAUUGUGUUUUUGGUGCUGCAGCUCAACUCAGGCAGCUAAUUUUGAAUAUAGUUGGUCUGUUUUGACUAGAUUACUUUACUUGUAUUUUCUUAAAUAGUGCAUAAAUUAUGCAUAUUAAGAUUGCAGGUACUUGAACCACAGAUCAUAUUUUAGAUAUUUAACAUGUUUUGUCUUGAAAUCCUACUUAAAACUCUGAUUUGUUGAUUUUGUAUUUACUGUUCUGUGAACCAGAUUUUAGCUGGUUACGUUUUUACACGUUUUAUUUUUUAGUUUAACUUACAUUUUUAAACCAAAUGAAAUUCUUAAACGAUGCCGUUUGAAUGCUGUUUUUUUUUUUUUUGCACAAUGAGCUAACCUUGGAAAAUAUGUUUUUGCAAGUGGGCAUUUCUACCGGUACUUUUUAUUGUUUUUUUUUUAAUUGAAAGCACAUUUUUAUUUGAAUGUUCCAUUAUUUCCUUCAUGUUUUAAAACUCUCUCCUAUUCAGAGAUGUUCUAUCAUGUUGACAGUGAAAUCAUUUUUUUAUAUCACUUUGCACUGAAACCUCAAAUACUGCACUCCAGUCAGCAUCAUAUUUUGGUAUUUAUGGAACUUUUGAACUUUAUCAAUUUUCUGUGUAAGAGCUUGAAUUAUAUGAAUGUAAAACCUUUGAAGCAAAUAAAAUAUGGCAAUGA